AUGGUCCGCCUCUUUAUCCCCUUCGUCUUCCUUCUCUCUGCCGCAUCUGCCCUCGCCACCCCUCUUAAGCGUGAUGUGCCUACUGUCAAAGCCGACAUCGACAACAUCUCCACCCAGGUCACCAACUUGGACGCUAAACUCACAGCGUUCCCGGACAGGGGUGGAAGCCUCAAAGGUGCUCUGGACAUCCACCAAGCAGCCGGAACUCUCGACACCUCGCUCAAGAAAGGCGCAAGCGACACUCAGGCUACUCCCACCCCUAGCGAAGCUGAUAGCCAAGCCAUCCUUGCUUCUGUUGAGAAAUUCAAACCAGCCAUUUUGGAUGCACUCAAAGUUAUCGUCGCAAAGAAACCUGCUUUCCAGGCCCUCCCGCUCCCUGGUAUCACAGCUGUGGUCCUCCAAGACCUGAAGACCCUUAGUACCGACGCUGGAGCACUCGCUGAUGCUCUUAUCGCUAAAUCCCCGGCCGACCUGGUCGAUAAGGCAAACAAAAUCAAAUCUGAUCUUUCGUCUGCAUUCACCACAGCCAUAGCUGCCUACUCGUAA